AUGGGUCUUAACUUCACAAAGUUGUUCAGCCGGCUUUUUGCCAAGAAAGAAAUGAGGAUUCUGAUGGUAGGUCUCGAUGCUGCUGGUAAGACCACUAUCCUCUACAAGCUGAAGCUUGGCGAGAUUGUCACCACCAUCCCUACCAUUGGAUUCAAUGUGGAGACUGUUGAAUACAAGAACAUCAGCUUCACUGUUUGGGAUGUGGGGGGUCAGGACAAGAUUCGUCCCCUGUGGAGGCACUACUUCCAGAACACUCAAGGUCUUAUAUUCGUUGUUGAUAGCAACGACAGGGACCGAGUUGUGGAGGCGAGGGAUGAGUUACAUCGCAUGUUGAAUGAGGAUGAACUGAGGGAUGCUGUCCUUCUUGUGUUUGCAAACAAACAAGAUCUUCCCAACGCAAUGAAUGCUGCUGAAAUAACUGACAAGCUUGGCCUUCACUCUCUUCGCCAACGCCAUUGGUACAUUCAAAGCACCUGUGCCACAUCUGGGGAAGGUCUCUAUGAAGGCCUUGACUGGCUCUCCAACAACAUCGCUAGCAAGGCAUGA